GGUUUCGCUUCCGGUUUGAUGUUUGUGUUUUAGCUGAGGGCAGUCGCUAGGGGCAGCUUCUAGUCGUGACGUUCUUGCGGAAUUCAUCUCGAUCACCUGAUAAACGCAAAAAUGGCUGGACGGCUAAUGCAAGUAGCGAGAUGCCCAACAGAUGAACUGUCUCUCACAAACUGUAUGGUUGCAAGUGAGAAGGACUUCAAAUCUGGGCAACAUUUGACCAUUAAAACCACACCCACUCAGAAGUUUGUGUUCACGGUGAAAACCCACCCAAGCGUGGUGCCGGGAACCAUUGCCUUCAGUCUACCUCAGAGGAAAUGGGCUGGACUCUCUCUAAACCAGGAUGUUGAAGUGAGUGUCUACAACUUUGACCCUUCGAGACAGUAUGUGGGAACCAUGACGCUAGAGAUCGACUUCCUCCAGAAGAAGAGCGUUGACAGCAACCCUUACGACUCUGAUAAAAUGGCCAUUGAAUUUAUCCAGUUUUUUACCGCACAGGCCUUCAGCGUGGGCCAGCAGUUUGUCUUGAGCUGCUUUGACAAGCUUUUUGCACUGCUCAUAAAAGAUAUCGAGGCCAUGGAUCCCAGCAUCCUCAGAGGCGAGCAAAGCUCUAGCAAAAAACAGAAGAUUGAGAUUGGUCUGUUGCAUGGCAACAGUCAGGUGAUUUUUGAGAAAGCUGAGAGCUCAUCUCUCAAUUUGAUUGGAAAAGCAAAGACCAGAGGUUCUCGGCAGUCCAUCAUCAACCCAGACUGGAACUUUGAGCGCAUGGGCAUUGGAGGCCUAGACAAGGAGUUCUCAGCCAUCUUUCGUCGGGCCUUCGCCUCGCGAGUCUUUCCUCCAGACAUAGUGGAGCAGAUGGGCUGUAAACACGUGAAGGGGAUCUUGUUGUUUGGACCACCCGGCUGUGGUAAAACCCUGAUGGCGCGUCAGAUUGGUAAGAUGCUGAAUGCCAGAGAGCCGAAGGUGGUCAACGGGCCAGAGAUUCUGAACAAAUAUGUGGGCGAGUCGGAGGCCAACAUCAGAAAGCUGUUUGCUGAUGCCGAGGAGGAACAGAAGAGGUUGGGGGCCAACAGUGGACUGCACAUCAUCAUAUUUGAUGAAAUUGAUGCCAUCUGUAAACAACGUGGCAGCAUGGCGGGCAGCACUGGGGUCCAUGACACUGUAGUCAACCAGCUACUGUCAAAGAUCGAUGGUGUAGACCAGCUCAACAACAUCCUGGUCAUAGGAAUGACCAACAGGCCUGACUUGAUCGAUGACGCCCUCUUGAGGCCGGGUAGACUGGAGGUCAAAAUGGAGAUUGGCUUGCCUGACGAGACGGGCCGUGUUCAGAUCCUGAAUAUCCACACGGCAAAAAUGAAGCAGUCAAAAAUGCUGGCCAAAGAUGUUGACAUAAAGGAGCUGGCUGCUGAGACCAAGAACUACAGUGGAGCAGAGCUGGAAGGGCUUGUCCGGGCUGCCCAGUCGACUGCCAUGAACCGUCACAUCAAGGCCAGUACUAAGGUGGAGGUGGACACAGUGGAAGCUCAGAUGCUAGAAGUCAGCAGGAGUGAUUUCUUGGCGUCUCUGAAUAAUGACAUCAAGCCUGCUUUUGGCACUAAUCAGGAGGAUUACUGUAGUUACAUCAUGAAUGGUAUUGUGAAAUGGAGCAAUGCUGUGUCUGACAUACUGGAAGAUGGAGAACUUUUGGUGCAACAGACCAAGAACAGUGAACGCACUCCGCUAGUAACUGUGCUUUUAGAGGGGCCUGCUCACAGUGGUAAGACGGCACUGGCAGCCAAGAUCGCAGAGGACUCCCAGUUCCCCUUCAUCAAGAUCUGUUCUCCAGACAAAAUGAUUGGCUAUACAGAGACCGCCAAAUGUCAGGCCAUCAAAAAGAUCUUUGAGGAUGCCUACAAGUCCCAACUGAGCUGUGUGGUGGUGGACGAUAUAGAAAGACUUCUGGAUUUUGUUCCCAUUGGGCCACGGUUCUCUAACCUGGUGCUGCAGGCUCUGCUGGUAUUAUUGAAGAAACCUCCUCCUCGGGGUCGUAAGUUGCUGAUUCUUGGCACAACUAGCAGGAAGGAUGUUCUGCAGGAGAUGGGCAUGUUGGACUCUUUCAGCACUACUAUCCACAUCCCUAACAUCUCUAGAGGAGAACAUCUCAUGGAGGCCCUGGAGCUUCUCGGGGGCUUCCAGGAAGAAGAGCGAGCAGUUAUUGCAAAAAAGGUGAAAGGACAAGCCGUGUGGCUCGGCAUUAAGAAGCUGCAGAUGCUCAUUGAGAUGUCACUGCAGAUGCCUACGGAAUACAGAGUUAACAAGUUCUUGGCACUACUGAAAGAAGGAGCGUUGGGCUCUGAUAAACAUGUGGCCAUGUAGUCUCGGGAUCAGGGGAGUAACAUGACAAACAAGGCUAAUUUGAAGCAGUUAAAGGAGUCAGGAGAACCCUGGGUGCACUUGAGAGACUGAGAGAGAGCAGACGUACCUACAGAAUAUGUCUCUGUCCCUCACUUUCCUUAAGUAUAGUGUACUGUAUGUUUCUAAGGCAACUACAGACUUCCCGCUGUUCAACACUAGCUCCUUGAAGUGCACAGGGUCUCAUAUUUGUACAGUGCCUCAGAUGUCUUAUGACAUCAGGAAUUUUGAAAUAGUACAUGCAUGUAUAUGAAGACCUAAAAGGUGUUUAUAUAUAUAAAAUGUAUCAUAUGUAUAUGUAUUUACUGGCAUGAACCAUUCCUGUCAACGAUGCCUUACUCCUAAAAUUGACCAUACUGGGCCAAAUCCUCUGCUCGCUUUUCUCUGUCAUGGAUGUACUUAACAAAUUAAUUAACAAAUGAAAUUAUCUUAACAUUUUAGUCCCUGCCAAUAACUGAUAUUGAACUGACAACAAUAUUGAAAUGCUCACUCCAGUGCCUUUGCAUGACAGUAUAUUGUUGCAGUUUGUUCAUUGCUUUUAUUGAUUUCUGACCAAAAAAAAAGGGUACUUUUAAAGGGAACUAUCCGUCCUUCUUAUGUGGCUCUGGACAUUUCAUGUCAGGAAUAUAUCAAAGCUCUUAGUCUCAGUAAUGGGUAACUUAAUAGUGGCCUUAAUCAUUGUGAACUACCUCCCCUCUGCCAACAGUGCCAAGAUAGUUCACAUUGGCCUUGAAUUCUCCUCUUCUUUAUCUUUGUUAUAUCUUUCAUACGCAUGCUUUCUCUCUCAGAACAUUUAAGAAGAACAUUAUGACCCCAUUAUAACUUACUGUUGAACUGUGAAAGUCAUUUUUUCAAGUCACAAGAAUUUGUGUUUUGUGUACAUUUUGGAUCUUGGACUGCAUGUCACACACUAGUACUUGUAGUGCUUAUCAUGGCAUGACCCUUAAAAGAAUUAAUAAAUGCAAUCAUUUUUCCUGUUAAAUAGAAUUAUGAAAUAUUGUCUUCAAUGAUUCCGUAGUUAAAAUGCCGUGUUAGGAUUGCAAUAAAUGACUGCCAUUA